AGACAAUCUAUCUAAAUUUCAUACUCAUAAAACAUUCAAAUAAGCUCUUCCCCCACCCCACCUCGAAACCCCACAUCCCAGCCCACCCCACCCCAAAAUCUUUAGCCACUUUUAAAACCUCAAAAACCCUUCCAUCCAUUUCUUUUCUAAGUUCUCCCAAACAUAGAAAGAACAAGAAAAAAAACAUCAUGAAUUUCUUCAAACCCAAACAAACAUCACCAACAUCAUCAUCUUCAUCAAUACCCCCACACCAAAAUCUCCAACAAACUUUCAAGAAUCUUCAAACCCACUUCACCAAUUUCCUCCAAACCACUAUGCCCCAACUCAACCCCCUCAGCGCUUCACAAAAUUCACCUCCAUGGGCUAAAAUUGAUGUAAAAAAACAACCUUUAUCUACUGAAACCAUUGAAGAAAGGUUGGGUGGAGUACCUGUGUAUGCGCUUAGUAAUGCUUCUCAAGAAUUCGUGUUGGUUUCAGGUGUUAAGACUGGAAAAAGUCUUGGGUUGUUUUGCUUUAGUGAAGCUGAUGCUGGAGCUCUUCUUAAACAGAUGGAAUCUAUGGACCCUUCAAUGCGAAACGGCUCUCGAGUUGUUCCUGUUGCUCUGAAUAAGGUUUUCCAGCUCAAAGUUGAUGGAGUUGCUUUCAGGUUGAUACCAGAAGCAUCUCAAGUAAAGAAUGCGAUGAAGGAAAGGGAAAGGUCUGGAACGUCUGAUGAUAGCUUUUAUGGUGUUCCAGUUUUUCAGUCAAGGAGCUUAGUUCUGAAAAGCCAAAACAAGAGAUAUCGUCCUGUUUUCUUCAGGAAGGAGGACCUUGAGAAUUCACUAGUAAGAGCUUCUCAGCAGCAAGGGCGAUUGAAUCCUGCUUUGAAAGGAGAUAUCCAGGUUGCGGUUCUGGAAGAUAUAAUACAAGGAAUGAAGGAUACUUCGACAUCAAAGUGGGACGACGUUGUAUUUGUUCCUCCAGGUUUCGAUGUUUCAACAGAUCCCUCCCAGAAGUAACAGAGAUGUACACUUUAAUGCUAGAAAUUAGUUGAACCUAUAUCAGACCACCUAUAUGUAUUAGUGUCAUUUUUGAUAUCCUAUAUGUAUUUUGAAGACUUUGACUAUGCAUUAGGUCCUGUUAUAUAUUAUUAUUAGAGAAGAAUUAUACUCUUUUUAAGUCUUUAUA